AUGAAAACAAAAGUACUAUUCUUCUUGCCGUCCAUUUUGCUGCUACCACAUUCGGUAUGGUCAGAAACGAAAGGUCCAUCUGGGCCCCCCCCAAAUAAGAAGCUAAAUGCUAACGCACUACAUUUCUUAAGGGGCAAAUUAGAGUUACUAAAUAAAAUCAGCGAGGAGCAGGUAGUUUCUCCAGAUUUUAAAAAAAACGUAGAACUGCUGAAAAAGAAAAUUGAGGAACUACAGGGUAAGGCAGAAAAGGAUAAAAGUAAAACGGAUGGGGAGGAUACCACACCCAAGGAACAGCAAGAAGAUCAAAAUGUGAGUCAAAACGGAUUGGAAGAGCAGGCCCCAAGUGACAGUAACGAGGGAGAAGCGCAGGAAGAAAACACUCAAGUCAAAAAUGUCAUUUUUACGGAGAAGGAAGAAGCGGUAGAUGAAGAAGCUGAAAAAGAAGACACCGCUGUCAUAAGUGAAAAGGCGAAUUUUCCAAAUGAGGAAUCGCAAGGAAAUGAUGAAACGCAAACGCAGGAGAGCAUCGAGGGAGAAGCUUCUCCCGGAGUUGUAGUCGACGAGACAGAUGACUCACCAGAAGGCGAACCCCUAUCCGGAUUGGAAACGGAAGGCAAUUCUUCAGCUGAGAGUGCCCCAAAUGAGCCGGACGUUAACACCACACAUACGGCAGUAGAUACGCACAUGCCAGCAGAUGCGAACAUAGGAGUAGACACAAAUAUGCCAUUUGACACACCUCCCCACCCAAGCGGCGAAAACCCCGGCGCACCCCAAGAGACGCACCUUCCCUCCAUUGACGAAAAUGCAAAUAGAAGAGCAUCACGAAUGAAACAUAUGAGCAGCUUCCUAAAUGGCCUCUUAACCAAUCAAAGCAAUAACAAAAAGGAAAUAUUUUUCCACCCAUAUUAUGGCCCCUAUUUUAACCACGGCGGGUACUAUAACUAUGACCCCUAUUAUAAUUAUGCCCCAGCGUACAACCCAUUUGUGAGCCAAGCAAGGGAUUACGAAGUGAUUAAAAAGUUGCUUGAUGCCUGCUUUAACAAAGGGGAAGGAGCCGAUCCAAAUGUGCCCUGCAUAAUUGACAUAUUCAAAAAAGUGCUAGACGACGAACGGUUUCGAAACGAACUAAAAACUUUUAUGUAUGACCUUUACGAAUUUUUGAAAAAGAAUGACGUCUUAAGUGAUGAUGAAAAGAAAAACGAGUUGAUGAGAUUUUUCUUUGACAAUGCCUUUCAGUUGGUCAACCCGAUGUUUUACUACUGA